GAUCUCUGUGCUUCUGAACUCGAUAACUUGCAGCGAAAAGGGGUACAUGGCAAACAGUUUUCGAAUACUGAAACAUAUGCUUUGCACCAUGGUAUCCAGCACAUGCUUGAGGUCACCGAUCAUGACUGCGCUGACAAAACAAGAACCAGUAGUGUCACAGCAGAACAGGUCUACCGAUACGCAACGGACCUAGAGCUUAUUUAUGCAAAGCUUUGUGUUAAGAGCACAACAGCCAUAGAAGAUCUUCUUAGCCUCCACCGUGAGAAUUCCGGAAUAGUAAGCGAGGAAAGAGAUUUUGUUGUGACUUCUCUCCUUAGUCUUCUAAGAAAACACUCUUACAUCUUGUUUGAUUACCCUCACCUAUUUUUCCAGUGUUUGAUUAACGAAGGUAUCCCUGAAUUGUCGUCUACAGCAGCAGGUAUUGUUGAGUCAUUAACUCCCAAAAUGCCAUGCAUGAAGUACUUAGACAAUGACAAACAAAAGGGAGCAGUCCAGGCAAGAUUUGAGUGUUCAGAUAAAAUCGCAUGUUUUGAUGUUUCACCUGAAAUGGACUACAUGGUAUGCGAGUGUCGAGAUGAAACAAUCCAUUUGUUUUCUCUGAAGUUUGGUACCAAAGUAUGGGUUCAACCAUCAUCUACACAGAGAAAGUAUUGGCCUAGAGAAUUAAGUGGGAAUGGUGCAUAUCGGCAAAUUGGGCAUUCCCUGUCAUUCUACCAUUCUGUCAUCUUUCAUCCAAAUGGAAAGUCGGUACUACCAGGAACUCUUCGAUAUGUUUACACAAUAAGUGGAGACAGAGAAGACCUUUAUCCGGACAGCGACUGUUCAUUCUCAAAUUGCGUUGUACGUUCUCUUUCUGACACUGAGAACAUAAUUUUAACGACUUGCUAUACAGAGCCAAAGCGAAUAAACAUUUGGGAUAUGGAAAAUGACCAAUUAAUCAAUCAAUUAAUUGAGUGCAAUGCAGAAAUUACUUCCUUUGCCAUUUCUGAAGAUUGGUCACUUAUUGCUAUUUCUGACAUUACUAAUACAAUUACUGUUUUUGACGUAGACAACCAGUCUGGCUUGAAAUUACCACUCGGUAAAGAUGAUUAUCAAUCGGUAUGUGGAUUGAUGCAAUUCACAUCCGACAAUAACACUCUGGUUUGCUGCUUUCUAUAUUGGCGUUGUGAUGAAGCCGGUUGCCUGUUAGAAGAAGAAAGAAAACCAAGAUAUACCUUCAUUACGCCGGUAAAUAACAUUUCGUUACCUGAUCCUCAUUUUGAGACUCUGGAAUUUCGAACCUUUCUCUUGUGGCCCUUUGUUCCACCAAACACUUUGACUCAAUCCACUUUCAUGGGGCAGAAUGAAGGACCUUCCUGGGUAUCGAAGGUGCAGAGAGAGAUUCCACAUUUGUUCUCAGGUUCCUACAUCAGUCUAAACGAUGAAAGAAUUUUGGUUGGUAGCCCAGAUCACAAAAACGUGACGAUGUUAAAUGUUGGUCUACUGCAGAGGGAGUCCGAUUCGACUUACACUUCGAACGUUAACAUGGAUGUCAGGAAGAUUAUUUUUUCUAUGGAAGGCGAUGCAAUAUACGUCGUAAGUUCAGGCAGGUUUGUCUACUCGAGUUCAGAUGAGGUAAAGAUAACUAUCUGGAGCAUGUCAAGUCGAGAAUUUCUGAAGACAAAGACCUUCUAUGGCCCUGUGUCGAUCGUUCCAACGAAGGAAGGUCUUGUACUUUGUAAAAAUGAUCGUGUAGCAGAGUUGUGGAAUUUCAACCUGUCGAAGUGCAUUCGAAGUAUUGUUAAACUUACUAGUGAUACUAGUAUUUUAUGUAAGCUAACCAUUAUCCCGGUAUCAGAUGAACUGAUAGCCUUUUUUUACGCAGUGAAUUCAUACGAAUCAAUUUAUGUCAGAAGUCCUCAUGAAUCGGAAGAAACUGAACACUCACUUGAUGAUUUAUUAGAAGGAUUUUUUUUCGGGGAUUAUAGAAAUUAUCGUCUUGACUUUAUAGACAUAUCCAACGUUGGAGGAAGGCUUGUUUCCUCACUAAGCAUGGGAGUUGGCGCCAAAGAAUAAGUAGACUAUGUCUCAUGCAGUAGUUGUUUGGGCGAAGUGUUGGUUUGCACUGUCGAAGAUAUAUCCGAGGGAUUACCUAUAGACAACGAGAAGCUCACUGUUAGCUUAAGAAAGAACGGAAUAAUUAAAUGAGAACGAAACACAGAAUACGUGUUCUCAUUGUCUCCGUUCCAACAGCACAUGAUUUUCUCACCCAGGAAUGAGUUUGUUGUCACGUGGAACACUCUCGACAGGGGCCAAGGUAUACACGUUCUUCGGGCGGAAACUGGAGAGACAUUGCAUGUCUUUCUUAGAGACCAGAAAGACAUUAUUGAAUGUAAGUUUUUAGAUGAUGAAUCUCUGGUAUGCUGCAGUGAGGACAACUUCCUUCGAUUGUAUAAUGUCAGAACCGGAGACCUUCUAAGUGUUUUAGACAUUGGAGAGCAACCUUUCUGUCUGGGAGCAUGUUUGUACCAGCCUUUUAUUGCCAUUGGUUUGUCCGGCACAAGAAUAAAAUUCGUCCACGUACAGUUACCAACAGAAUGUAAAAAGAAGAAAUAAAGGUGAGCCCUUCUCUAGACGGUCAAAAAUAGGCACACGGCCAGUUUCGCGAGUUAAUGUAACCUAACAGUACCUAGACUCUACGAGUUCUCUCUAUUUUUUCAGUCCGUAGCGCGAAAGGCUCGAGACACGAAAAUAACCACGCGCGCGACUGAAUGUGCAGGCUCUCUCUCUCGCGUGUACUUUUUUCACUAAAAAGUUAAUUUGAAGAAAAUAGGAGAUUACUUGCAGCCAAAACCAGGAGGCAAAAUUAAUUAUGGCUCCUGGUCUAAACAGUGCCCACACCUCAACACGAUAAGUAUAUAUACGUCUAGAGUGAGUCUUAUUCUUACAAAUUUGCUCACGAAAGUUCAUAAAUCGUGUUCCGCGGUUCUGGGGAACAAAUACCGAUGUUUCAAAGGGAACGUAUAAUACCGUUCCAGUUUUACUGCUCAUGAAAAAGACCAGCGCCAAAAGGAUAGAGCCGACCAUAAAGUUAAGUGAAUGUACCAAAAACGAUUUGAAAGAUUUAUACUGUAGGACACAGAUGACAGUGAAGCAGGGAGAGAAUAUGAAAAAAUCUACUGAGAAGAAGAACAAUGUUUGAAAUUACCUAUAAUCAUCGCCAUCAAGUCCACGACUUACAGCAACUUUAAGAAUUACUUUAUUUCGUAACUUGACAUAGUAUAAAAUUUCUCAACUUUAAGUUUUCUUGCACUCCAGUUUUCGCUGGUAGUAGAUUUCAGGAUUGUUUUGAGUUUGCGAAAAACGCGAACUUUAGAUUUGAUAGCUUCCACCUUACUAAUUUAAAUAACCCAAGUGAAUUUCUGUUUUCAGUUGCAGCUUUAACGCAAGUGAAAUGAGCAACUUCUGAUGACCUGACACUAGCAGAGCACAAAGAGCUGGAUUCUGGAUGAAAAGAAAUAAUUGCAAAAGUUGGGAUUUAAAUUUAUUUGAAGAGCCCUGGAUGCAUGCAAGCUGCUAUAAAGAGACCUGUAUAUUAUGAACUUUGAAAUUUCGUACAUUAACAGAAUAGCGG